AUGAUAGAAAGAAUAUGGCAAGCAGUGAUGAUCCUGUUCAGGAUUUACCAGUACGCAUGCUACUCGUUCGUUUUCAUGAUACUGUCGCCGGUGAUUCUGCUGUACAUGUUUGACAUCACGUUAUAUUUAUUUCGGCUGAUGAUCUACUUUAUGCGAUUCCAGGUGUACCUGAUUAAGAACCGAUGCAUACCGGAGACCAGGAUAGUCCACAGAACGGGCGGGUCGUUUGCAUGGAAGAUGAAGAUGCGGGAGAAGGAGACUGAGCCUGAAGAAGAGUGCGACAGCUCGAACACGAGCAUAUUGAGCGCGUUCAGAGACUCCAAGGAGUCGCUGCUUGACGAUUCGGCUUCGAUCUCGUCCAAUUACUCUCUGGUAGGUUCCCAGGCCACUCCGAGGGCCUUUCAUUCCUCCAGAAACAACAGUAUCAUAACACUAGACUCUGCUCAGAUGAGCAUCCUUGCAGCACAUGCGGAGAUUUGCAAAUUACGUCGUGGCAAAAAAUCAGAUGUUGAAGUAUCGCUGGAUCGAUACGAAAAUCGUUGUGUUCCCACGAAAGCUAUAUAA